GUUAUUAUAAACGGCCAAUGCUGUCUAUAGUAAAGAAAAGCUAAUGAAUAUUAAAAAGAGUAUUAUUCUUUCUGUUACGUUUUGGCGACACUUCUGACAAUCAGGAACAGACAUAUGACAUUUUUCACGCCAGUCAGACGUCAAAAAUUGAAAUAUGGCAAUUCAAAUGUCAGGAAAGACAGGUUGACGUUGACAACCUUCAACAUCUGUGUUUGUAUUUGUACCUGUUUGUGUACAAGUGUUGUUGAAUAAAUUUGAAUCUGAGUUUUACUAAAAAAUUCUUAUUUUCAUCGGCGUUAGUUACCUGUAUACGCUGACAAUAGCAAAAAUCUUAAAGGAUUUCCGCCACCGAACAUCUAUUUGAUGUCAAUAGAACUUACUAGAAUUGCCAUGUAGGUGUACACCGUGUAAGGUCAAUACACUUUUCCCAAUCGCUAAACAAAGAUAACUGUAAAAAUGCGUCAUGCCAAAAAGUGUAUGGAAGUACUUUCACUAUAUUGAUAAAUUAAUCUGUACCGGCGUCCGGUACACAGUACCAUUGGAGUGUGUAAAAGUUUUCAUUGCCGCGAACUCGAUAUAGUACUGAGAUAAGAGUUUCACCUUGUGUAUGUGGCUAUGAAUGUACCCUUUUUAUGCAUAGAAAAUUGCGAACCGAAUAAGUCAACGUCAGCAAAAAAAAAAAGAUAUAUUUUAUCAUUAGAAUGAUCUAAACUUCAAGACAGUACACCAUUGAACGCGAUUCAAGAAAAUGCUGACUACAGAGGACUUUAUAAUUCAAGAUUAUGGUUUUAAAAGCUCUCCAGAAUCUUGCAGUGAUAAUUCUUUCUCAACAGAUUGUCUAGAUGUUGCUUCAGAUGAAGACUUCUUAACUCAACUGUCUUCUGAUCUGGACAUACCACUACUCCUCAACCCCGGUGAAGAUGAAAUGAACAUGUUGAAUGCCUUUUUUGAUAAAAGUCCAGAAGAGAUAAUGUCAGAUAUCAAGUCGCCAGUUUUUGCCAGGGAAGGUAGCUUAGAAAAGGAAAUUGAUGAAUUACAGGGUGUGGAUAUAUCUAGGUGUGGGCUAGAGGCUUUUUCUAACCUUCAAUCAAAUAUCAAAGUAGAGCCCACAAGUAGUGAUUCUGCCAGCAAUAAAUCAAAGUCUCCUUCACCAGAUACAAAAAUCACAAUCAAGAGUGAGUUAGAAAUCAAAUCACCUCCAAGCUCUCCAGAAUCUAUGGUAACGACUAUUUCUCAGAUACCUGCCAAGAACAUAAUUUACACCCAACCAGUCCAGUUGGUGCAAAGCAGUUUGAAACAGCUGCCGCCUAAGCGUGUUCCUAUUGUACCUAAACCACCAUACACUGUACCUUUCAAAAAGGACAACAUAGUUGUCAUCAACGCUCCUGUACCCAUACCAGUCACAACCACCAGUACAAACAUGCUUUUCUUGGAUAAUGUACCUCAGAUUACGACAAGUAAUAGUCAGACUAGUAGAGUGCCUGUAACAGUGCCAUCUGGUCAUAACAUAGUUGGCAUUGAUCCCAAGAUACUGAAGAGACAACAGAGGAAGAUAAGGAAUAGAGAGUCUGCUAGCCUGUCGAGAAAGAGGAAAAAAGAUUAUGUUACCCAGCUUGAGGACCAAAUAAAGAUUCUGAGUGAUGAGAAUAAAAAGUUGAAAGAAGAAAAUGCUUACUUGAAAAAGCGAUUGGAAACAUAUGAAGUUGUAAAUGAAAAUAGUAGUAAGAGUGUGAAGCCUGGACUAUUUCUAUGUAUAUGUUUAUUAGUUUUAGGAGUAAAUACAAGUAUUUUAAGAAACCCUUUCAGUACAAAAACGGAGCUGGACACCGUGCAGUCUCGUACGAAUAUCAUUGAUCAUCAUGGUAGGAGUUUACUUUGGACAGACGAGGAAUCUAAUACGAUCAAGAAUGACACUACGAAUUUUUCGCCACUUUUUAUGUGUCCUGCUACCAUAAAUCAAACUGAAACUGCACGGCUAGUCUCAGAAUUGGAAAGGUGGAUUGGGAAACCCGAUAAUCUCUCUAUGAAAAAUGCAACAAUUUUUGAUAGGUCACUAAAGCAAAAGUUACGUAAGAAGCGACUCAAAUUGGAUGGAACUCUAAUGCCAAUGUACAAACGUUACAGGUACAAAGAAGAUAAUCUUGUAAACCCAUCUGUUAAAAAUGAAAUACAAGUAUUUUCAUUGAGGCCAAAGCAGACGUACUCGGAAUUUUUUGAAGCCAUAAACCGACAGGAUGAUACGUACUACGUUGUCUCGUUUACUGAUCAGCACAUGUUGCUACCUGCGCUAAACCACAACAAAACUAGAAGACCAAAGAUGUCUCUCAUUAUGCCAUCUGUUCUACCAAAUGCCACGUUUUCACAAACAGAGCUCAUCCCACUGAUGCAAAUUGACUGUGAAGUGUUAGACACCAAACUGAUACAUGUGAAACAUGGAUCUAUACCACAACAUCUUAGGGGCUUUAGCAAUGAUACCAAAAAAGAAGCUGGUGAGAGUACUGCAAGUGAUAAAAAGUAUAAAAGGCCCUAUAAACCAUAUUUUGUCAAUAAUAACCUAUUGAAGCCUAGUGGGGGUUUUUUGGAUUUAAACUAGAUUAAUUGUAAAAUGGAUUUUGGACAUAAUUGCAAAAUAAAUAAAUUAAUAAUGA